UCUAAUAAAGAGAGAGCGUUCUCUCCUCGCAACCAGCUUUCCGUUCUCACUCUUUUCCAAGAAACCCCAGACACAAAAGCCAUUCAAGAAUCCCUCCUUCGGCGCCGGUUCGAUAGUCCAGAAGAGGAGGGAGGAGGGAGAGGGACGGCGGUCGAGAUGGGCGACGAGAGGAGAGAAGAGAAAGGGAGCCUCGUUCUGGUGGCCAGAAAGAGCUGCUUCGGCCUCCCCACUGCCUGCCCUUCCUGCCUGCCCGUCUACAUCUACCUCCGAUUCGCCGAUGCCUCCUUCGACAUCCACUUCGAUGUCUCCAAUCCCGACUCUGAUCAUGUACCAUAUGUUGAGUUUGGUGAUUAUGUUGCAUUCAACAAUGAGAAAGGAGGAGUUAUUGAUUGUUUGAAAGAAGAUAGUAUUGUUGAUUUGGACUCAAAACUUCCAAGUCUUUCAGUUCCUGAUUGGGUAUCUACAAAAGCAAUGAUCAGCUCUUGGCUUGCAGAAGCGGUGCAAUAUGAACUUUGGGUGGCUUCUGAUGGAAGUAUUGCCGAUAAGAUAUACUUCUCUGAUCUUCCAUGGCCAAUUGGAAAGAUCCUUCAUUGGAAGCAAACUCGAGCUGUGAAGCAACAAUGCGGGAUAACCAGUCUUAAUGCUGUGGAGAAAGAGGCAGAGAUAUACAGAAAAGCAAAUGUGGCAUAUGAUGCUCUCUCUACAAGGUUAGGAGCACAGGACUUUCUGUUUGACAACAGGCCUACAACUGUGGAUGCAAUUUUCCUUGGACAUGCUCUUUUUGUCCUUCAUGCAUUGCCGGAUACUUCAGUGCUGCGGGACAGUCUCUUAAAGCAUGCCAAUCUAGUAAAAUAUGCUGAAUGUCUUAAGACUGACUAUCUGGAAGCCAGCUCAUCAUCGUCGUCGUCGAUACCAAGAUCUCCAUUUGAUGCAUCAUCAUCAUCAUCAUCAAUGCCUAGAAAAAGUGCCUCCUCACGAUGGAGAUCUGAGCCCAAGCCAAAAGCUAAAAGGGAGAGGACAGUGGAAGAGAAAAUUUUCAGAAGAAGAGCCAAGUACUUCCUUGCAACACAGCUUGUUGCGGUUAUUGUAUUCUUGUCACUUUUUGGAGGGGCUGAUGGUUCUGAAGAUGGUUCUGAAGAUGCCGGAGCAUAUGAAGAAGACUAAAAGCUUGCCAGUGUUGUACGGAUAAUUUGUCCAUCCAUACAUCAGAAGUUGUAGCUUUUCAGAGGUUUCUUUACGGGGUUCUGUUUUUGCACAUUGAUUUUCUAAUCAAAUUUAAUAAAUUCCAGUCACUUGUAUCAUGCACUAGAAUUUUGCCAGUCAGUUUUAUGUAACAAUUGAUAUUUUACUUUUCUGAACAUCAAUCUGGGGUUCCAGGUGCGGACAUGGAGUAACUGCCAUGAGAUCUUGAUUUGAUGUCCAUGGUUGGUAUAUCCAUUCUUCAGUUAAUCACAACAACACUUCUAGCA